AAUGCGAAAAAAUUCGUGAUUGCUGUCAACAAAAAAGUAAUAGCGAAAUAAAAAUAUAAUAAUAAUGUUAAAGUGAACACUACUAAAAAAUACAAAAGAAAUAAAAAAAUACAAGAAAAAAUCCUAUAAAGUGCAUAAAUAGAAAUGUUCUAAUAAAAGAGAAAAGUGUACCGAAAAAAAAAAAAUAAAUAAAUGGAAAAAUAAAAAAGCAAAAAAAUAACACAACAAAUAAAUAAGUUGAAUCAAGAAAAAUCCGUAAAGGAAAAUGCAUUUUGUGCUUCAUGUUAAGCUCCAAUUAAAAAAAAGAAGCAACAUCACCACUACAACAAAUAUUUCUACAACAAGAAUUGGCAAACGAAAAUCCUGUGGAAUAAUUCAUCGAUAAUAAUUAGUUGUCCAGCAAGAAAUAGAGAAAAUAACAUCGUCGCUUCGUCGAGAAACUCUAAAAAAUUUCUCUUAGAAAAUUCAACAAAAAAUUAAAAAGACAAAAUGCAACAAAAUUCAACGGAAAGUGCACAGCAUCAAUACGAGGGAGCGACAGAUGGAGCACCGUUGUCGCCGGGCGCUCACAUCGGGCAAGUGCAUGCGGGCGGCAAGACGACAGUAACGGGUGGCCGGUUCGACUUUGAGGACGGCGGAACAUACUGCGGCGGAUGGGAAGACAGCAAGGCGCACGGACAUGGCGUGUGUACCGGUCCAAAGAAUCAGGGAGCGUAUUCGGGUGCGUGGCAUUACGGUUUUGAGGUUUCAGGCGUUUAUGUGUGGCCGAGUGGAUCUUCGUUUGAAGGUCAAUGGCAGAACGGCAAACGGCAUGGAUUGGGCGUUGAAACACGUGGUCGAUGGGUGUAUCGGGGUGAAUGGACACAAGGCUACAAAGGACGCUACGGUGUUCGACAAAGUGCUACUUCAACUGCCAAAUAUGAAGGCACUUGGGCAAAUGGUCUCCAAGAUGGUUAUGGCUCCGAAACGUAUGCUGAUGGAGGCACGUACCAAGGACAGUGGAUGCGCGGAAUGCGUCACGGCUAUGGUGUUCGUCAAUCAGCCCCCUUCGGACUUGCGUCCCGCUUUCGACCGAAAAAUCGCGGCUCCAUGACGUCGUUACGCAGCAACGACGGAGCUAGCAGUGUUGCUGCACCGACGCCCGACCCAGCGGAAAAGCGUACACACCGCAUCGACGAUGCCCGAGGUGGUUUCGUGCUGAAGGCACGAAGCGACGAUCCACCGCCACGUAGAAAUAGCUUAGUAGAAAAGACAAGAAAAGGACUGCUAUCUGGAUUAAAGAUAAGGAAACAAAAGAGUACGGGCGAGUUGGAAAAGAAGGGCAUGUCAGGCAGCAUCAGAUCGACUGCGUCAUCGGCCUCUUGGAUCAGCACGGAGUCCUCACUGUCGAACAUGACAAACAAAUCACUGUAUACAGACUCGAAUGCAAGUUUUGUGGUGGAAGACGAGCAAUUGGACGGAAGUGUGACUGAAACGUACAUGGGUGAGUGGAAAAACGACAAACGAUGUGGUUAUGGCAUUUCUGAGCGAAGUGAUGGACUGAGGUACGAAGGUGAAUGGUUUGGCAACAAAAAAUACGGAUACGGUGUGACGACAUUCAGAGACGGCACGAAGGAAGAGGGCAAAUACAAGAACAACAUUUUGAUCACGAGUCAAAAGAAGAAGCAUUUGUUUCUGAUACGAUCCUCAAAGUUCCGCGAGCGUAUUGACGCUGCCGUAAAUUCGGCGCAACGUGCGUCGAAAUAUGCGUUACAAAAGGCCGACAUUGCCAUCUCACGAACCGCAACCUCGCGUGGCAAAGCAGAAUCUGCUGACUUAGCGGCGGAUCAUGCACGGGUAGACUCAGACGUAGCGAUAGCGACAGCACGCGAAUUUGCGGCGGACUUCAAGCCGGCGCUGCUCGAACGUUUUGAACGAAUACGAAUACGAGAUAGAUUUAGGACGACGGCGGGUGCGGGAGACCCGGACAUUGGCAAGACCAACUUGUCGCAAUUCAAUCAGCCGAUGAUGGAUCAGAAGUACGGUGGUGGAGGAGGGCCAAAUAACGCCAACAACAACCAGUCAAUGCCAAAUCACAAUAACAUGAUCAAAUCUGAGGUGCACACGCAACUUCAGCAGCCGCAACAACAGGGAUUGCCAUCGUCGUUGAACAACACCCCAAACAGACGUCCAUCGUUGCAGAAACAACAAAAUCUACUUUCCCCACCAAAUAUUCCUUACAAUACGCAACAAAACUAUAACAAUUCCCCCGUAGAUUAUAAUCAACCGUCAAGUCAAUUUGCGCAGCCUCAGCCACCGGGUGGCGGCAUGUACUCGACAACGACGCCGCAACAUCAGCAGAAUAACAUUAGUUUUGUAGAUCAACAACAACAACAACAAUCAUACAACAAUCACAAUCAAAUUCAUCAGCAACAAUCAAUACAUCAACAAGAUUACAAUCCAUACGGUAACGGUUUUGCGCAGCAGUCUCAACAGCAGUUGCUGCAGCAGCAGCAGCAGCAACAACAGCAACAGAAUUCGCCGAUGCACCAGUAUGCGGGGGCUGGGGAGCGUCCUGGCGCCGCGACAAUUCGUCGUAACUCGCGCAUGGUUUCAGACAGCGGUCGACCUCUAAUCGGCUCCAUCAGUCAGUCGUCCAUCGAUUACUUUGAUCACUACAAACGACCACCGAGUCGGGACUCGUCGAUAGAUCGUUAUACGCGUGCUGCCAGUCGACUUGGGGGUUCACGAGCACCAUCCGUCGACCGUUCCAACAUCCAAACGACAACAGCGACGUUACACACGCCACGCGAAUCCUCGGUUGGGCUGACAGAUGCGACAACGCCACCCGAUCGUAGUGCACGUGCCGGUUCACAAUUUCGCGGUACAACGCCAGUGCCUUCAAACGUAAACGGAUCUGUGCCAUCGGGAUAUGGAUCGCGUGCGGGAACACCGUCGUUCGGACAAAACGUCAUGUCAAGUCCGACGCCACAACAGCCCUUCGAGGAUGUCAUCUUGCGACAACGAACACUCGGGCAGGACAUUAUUCCGUCACUUAAUCAACCGAAACGCACGGAAAGUCUGUACUUGGGAUCAAUAAAGGCACCGCCAGCACCUGCGCCAACCCGAAUGAUGGGUGGAGGCGGAGGCGGUGGCGGCGGCGGAGGAGGCGGCCGAGGAAGAGGAAUCAAGAAUGUUCCAGUUAACGUCACACUUCAGCGAAAGAAGUCGCUUCCGGAUGUGCAACAACUUCCCUACAGCACUGGCAUGAUGAGUCGCGAGGAGGUAUCGGCGCUCGGAUCGGCACGCAGAGAGGAAGUCCGCAGAAGAAUAGAUGAAUCGGAGAGAUUACGAGCCAACCCAUUACUGUAUCUUGUCAGUCCACAAGUAAAGGAUUGGUUUUCGCGCCAACAACUCGUCUUGUUGGUGCUGAUAAUUAAUGUAGUUUUUGCAAUAAUGUUCAUCAAAAUGCUCACAUAGCAUCCACCUAAGUCACGGCAUAUUGACAGCCAGUAUCGAAAUAGUUUGACCACUCCGAAGGAGAAAAGGAACAACAUGAGCUGUAAUAAUAAGGAUAACAGUAAUAAUAUACAUGAAUUUCCUACACAUUUUCAACAUUUAUUAAUUUUUUAAAAAACCAUUUUUAAUUUUUUGUAUUAAUAUAUUUUUUUCUUUUCACAUAAACACUCUUACACGAAAAACAAAACACACACGAACACACUUUUUAAUUAAAUUGUAUGACAAAAAAUCAUUAUCGGCCUAUUAUGAACAGAGAAAAAAAAUUUAAAAUGUGUAAGAAAUGUCGAAUCUUUUAUUUUAUUACGUUAUACAAUUUAAUUUUACACACAACAUACAUACAAUUUAUCGCAUUGUAUCAUUGAUUGGAUAUUUAUUAAAUAAA